CUAAAGCAUAUACUUCAACACCUCGUCAUUCGCAUAGCGCCACACUAAUAGGCAAUAAACUUUAUAUAUUAGGUGGUAGUAGUACUACUAUUGCUAAUCCUAAUUAUGAUAUAUUUACACCAACGAAUGAUCUUUUUUAUCUCGAUGUCUCUGCUGCAUUUAACAAGACGAAUAUUCCAUGGACAGACCUCUUUAAUGUUGUUGAUACUCCUAAACAAGAUGCUGCAUCAGUAUCCACCGGCGGUCCAAACAAAGACAACAUUUUUUUAUGUGGUGGCGCAUUCGAAAAUAACAGUUCUGGUGUUCCUUUAGUUUACACGCUCGAUUCCAUAAAAAAUGUGUGGAAUACCCCCACUAUACAGGAGAUACAACCGCCUAGACGUCGACAUUCUAGCCCGAUUAUCGAUGUUACAGGGAAAAUGUAUAUAUUCGGUGGAUCAUACAAUAUUUCGACAGGAAAUUCGAGCUUGACUUAUGAUAAUCGAAUGGAUAUUUUGGAUACAAUUAACUUAAUCUGGUCAAAAGGAUCUCAACUCCAAGCUCCUACACCGAGAGAUAGAUUUUCUGCUACUUUAUUACCGAGUGAUAUUAUUGUUUAUAUAGGCGGAUUUGAUGUUACAGGAACUACGACUUUAAGAGAGAUAUAUUUAUAUGAUGCAAAAAAUGAUGCAUGGGAAACAAUGAUCACUGUCAGAUCCAUUCCUGACACACUUGCAAUGCAUACGUCGGUGCUUGGGUUAAAUAACGAUCGUCUUAUCAUUUAUGGAGGACUUCAUAGUUGGCAAUCACCUCAAGUAGAUCACGAUCUUUCAGUGUUAGAUAUACGCAACAAACCGUACAAGUGGUUUAUACCAAAUAUUUCUGGUAUUAUUCCACCUACACCAUGUGAUCGGAAGAUAUAUGAUCGUCUCAACUUACAAGAAAAAUCUAUGAACCCUAACGUAAGCAUUCUUGAUAUUGGAAAUGAUUUUGAAUAUAAAUGG